UCUUGGUAUAUCUGUACGUAUACAUGUGUUUGUAUAUAUAUAUAUACAUUUUGUUAUUUGUCCUCUGCUAUAUGUUAGUGAUGAUGCUACAUCUCGGUCAUCUUAGGUAUGUAAAGUGUAUUAUGACUUAAGAGGCGACAACCAUAUCUCAGAAGGGAUUCAUAUAUAUACUCAAAAUUCCACCGUCAAAAUAGCAAAACUUACAAUCAGCAAGAUGACCACAAAGAAGGUGUUGCUGGCCACUACUAGUUACUAUGGCCCUUUUUAUCUAGAUGGCAUGAAAACAGGUGCAUAUUUUUCUGAAACCCUUGUUCCAUUCAAGGUAUUCAGGAAAGCCGGAUACGAUGUUCAGAUGGUAUCUGAGUCGGGACAAUGCAGGUUUGAUGAUCAUUCUUUGACCGAAACAAAUUUAGGAGAAUUGGAAAAACAAGUUCUCGAUGAUAAGAAUGAAGAGUUUUGGACCUAUUUGAAAAAUACAAAAGCUGCCAAGGAUGUCGAUCCUAAUGAAUACCCACUGUUGUUUGUUGCAGGAGGACAUGGUGCUAUGUUUGAUCUUCCUACAGCCAAAGGCGUACAGAACUUGGCAGCUAAAGUUUACGAUAAUAAAGGAAUUCUAGCAGCUGUUUGCCACGGCCCGGUUUUGUUGGCACAUGUUAAAAACUCAAAGUGUCCUGUCGGGAAAUCCGUUGUUUAUGGGAAAAAUGUAACUGCGUUUACUCACGCAGGAGAAGUAAUGAUGGGGCUCUCUACUUCUAUGAGAAACCACAAUAUAGGAUUCCUAAAUGAAAUUUUAGAACAGGCUGAAGCGAAAUAUAUCAACCCUCCUACUCCCGUGUCGGAUUUCGUUCAGGUCGACGGCAGAAUUGUAACCGGAGUGAAUCCCCAAAGUGCUAAAUCAACUGCAGAAGCUGCUAUCAAUACUUUGGAGUCCAAAUCAACUUAAACAGAAUUUGACUAAACGAAUAUUAUUUAUAUGAAAUGAAUUAGUUCUAAUAUCCA